UGGUAGCUGCCUAGUUUUGCGUUCAUCGAUAAAAAAAAAAGGUGGCAGCACUUCUAGUGAUAAUCUGCAAUCGAUUAAACACAAUGGCGGUUUUUAUUUAAACAUUUUUUAAUAGGAUUUAUCUUAUUUUAGACUUAGCUUAAUAUUUUAAUAAUACAUACCCCUGAUACAUUUAUAUAAUUGUAUCAUGUUGUGGACAUUAUAAUUCUAUCAUGAAUAUAAGGAACACAAAACUGUAGCUUUUGCUCAACUUAUCAUUGACUUAACUGUACUAUGGAAAUGUCUCAAAAUUUCCCAGCAUAUGUCAAUUAUUCAUGUUUAAUCCAUCCCACACAUUGUUUGCUACAAUAAACACUUUAACAUAUUCAUACUCUUCGGUAUUGGGCCAAUCAGGAUAAAAUUCCGAAAACUCGUGAACAUACAUUCCCGAAAAUGGCGUUCACCUACAAGGAACUUAUCGAAGUGGCCAUUGGGUCACCGGAAUCGGGACACGUUAACUUUUACGCCUUACAAGUUCUGCUCACGUGCUUUGCUCAGCGUUUGGAGGUCCUGGAUAAGGUCGUCGUGCAGGACGAUUACAUGAUGAACAACGUGCGCUUUCAGAGAAGUUUAUUAAACUUAAGCAAAUCGCGCAUGCCUCGUAUGUUUGCUGGAGCGGACGCUGAGGAAGAUGCACCGGCUGAAGCGCCGGCCGAGGAGCUAGCUCCGCCUACUGAGGCCGAAGAGGUUCCUCCAGUUAACGAGGCUGAAGAGGCUCCUCCGCUUCCUCAGGCCGAAGAGGCUCCUCCGCUUCCGCAGGCCGAAGAGGCCACGGCGGAGGAAAUCGCUAAAACGGAGCCAACCGAGGAUGUGCCAGAGCUAGAACCUGAACCUGCAGCUUCUAGGCUGAGCCAGGAAGCAGGAGCUCCGGCCUCUCAACCAGAGCCGGAACCUUCACAAGGUUCACAUGAUGCUAUGGAAGACUGCUUGGAAGUCUCUGCCGUGCCUUCACAGGUUUCUCAUAUUUCCGCUCACUCUAUGAAUGCCAACUUUCGGCGCUUGGAUGAGCGUUUAAAAAAAGUUGAGCUAUACAAGGAGCGGACCGACAUGGAAAUGAAUGACUUUAUACCCAAUCUCAAGGGGCAGGUGAAGAUAAUAGUGAAGCAGCUGGACACUGUAGCCCACAUGAUGAUCGACCAGAGACAGGAUCCUCAGAGGAUAAAGCUACUUCGUCAAUUUUCCAAACAGCUAAGGGUGCUAAUGAGGGCAGCAGACGAAGAAAUUUCUAUCGGAACGUCCACUGAUGAGGGCGAAGGGGCUGAAGAAGAGCUGGGGCUGCUACACGAAGAGGUUCAAGAGGAGUCCUCUGCCAGCACGGUAAUGGAGAAGGUCGAGGAGGAGCAGGAACAAGAAUUUGGGCUGAAGUGCCUUGUGUACUCCCCAAGUCGAAUGCUUAACGAGCUGUUGGAUAACAAAGCACUAUUUUGUGCCUUAAACAGCAAGGUCAACGAUCUGACGGCUGCUUUCCACAAGCAGGAAACCCAAAAGCUUUUUGGUAUGAUAAAUGACCUGCAAGCCACUGUGCGGGAGGUCAGACUCUACAUGGCCAGCAAUAUAGAGCUCAACGGCCAGAUAAUGGCUCGCUUAAAAGUUCUUGAGAACGAUGCGGAACUGAUGAAGAAGACCGCUGAUCAAUUGGACAUUGUAAAAUCAGAUAGGGAAGAGAUGGAGCAUCUGUUGGCCGAGAAACCGAACUUCGAGCAACUGGCGACCAAGAUGUCUCUGGAGCAGCACGAAGAAUUCAAGGUCAGGCUAGAUAUGAAGUUCUGUGAGAUCCAAAACAUUAUCGGUCUCAACGAAAAGAACGUGCUGCAGAUCAUUGAUAAUCUCCGCAUUACACUGGGCGUCGAAGCAUUGGAGCUGAGUUUCAAAGACUUCCGAGAGAUGAUCGAGCGGAAGGUGCACACAUUUGCAGACGCUCUACAGAAGUAUAUCGAGAUGACCAACGAUGAUUGUGCCGCCGCCGUUGCCAAGGUCAAGGUGAUGAAUGAUCUGGCCUGUCUCUCCUGCGACACCGAAUGUGUGAUGCGCACCGUGGAACGCUCAAAGGUGCCUACGCUCCCCAAAGCAAAGGGCUCCAAUGGUCUGGGUCCCCUUAUUACCUACGAGCUGGGACAGAUUCGCAAAUCUGGAGCCAUGGGUUACUAUCGCAAGGACGAGUACCCCCAAUCCACAAGUGCAUGGGCAAAGGGUAUUUCCGCAGCGCCCAUGGCGAAGUGCACUCAAAGGCGUGCGGGAGGAACCCACACUAUUCACACGGCUGAGGAGCAUAUGCAGAAGGUGCUGCUAUCCAAGAAGACCACAGUAUUGGCAUAAAGCCCCCAUUAAUUUUAAAUAACUUAAUUAAAAAGAAGUGUUGUUGUUGUUAUUCAACCUGGCAUUAAAAGGUCAUCAACUCAA